AUGCUCGCACUGGGCAGCCACUGCAGGCGGGCUCGGAAGUUGCCGACGCAUUUGUUGACACAAUCCAACUCUUCCACCGCCGCGGCGGUCACCUUCAUCACAUUCGUUCAAGAUCUCAAACGAAAGACCAAGACAUGGGGUCCAAUGAUCGAGCUCUGCGCGAGCGGCGAGAAGACCCUCGAACGGUUCCGCUAUCAGUUUCCGGACGACUGGCUGUACAGCGACCAGUUACGCGGAGAGUGGAGCGCGUUCAAUGAGAUCCUCAAGCGGAAGAACGAUUCCAUUCAAGAGCAGCUAGCGGGCCUGCAACUCAAGAUCGUUGCGGAGGACAAGAUUGUGGAGAACAAGAUCAACGACAUUAUCCAGGAGUGGGAGCAGACGCGGCCGGUGCAGGGCAGCAUGCGGGCGGACACCGCGCUGAAUACGAUCAACAUCUUCGAAGGCAAGCUCACGCGCGUACAAGAUGACUAUGAGAUGGUCUGCAAAGCAAAGGAGGCCCUCGACCUCGAGCUCAUCCGCCAUACGAGGUUGGAGCCCAUCUUCGAGGAGCUGCGAGAUUUGAAGGCGGUGUGGACGGCGCUGUCGGGAGUGUGGAACCAGAUUGGGGAGUUGCGGGAGAUGACGUGGGCGACGGUGCAGCCGAGGAAGCUCAGGCAGCAGCUGGACGGGCUGCUUCAGUCGACGAAGGAGAUGCCGACUCGCAUGCGCCAGUACGCUGCGUUCGAGUACGUUCAGGAACAGCUCCGUGGACUCCUCAAGGCGAACACUCUCAUCGGGGAGUUGAAAUCGGAGGCCUUGAAGGACAGGCAUUGGAAGCAGCUGUUCAAGGUGUUAAGGGUGCCGUCGCAGAUCAGUCUACCACUGAUGACUCUCGGCCAUGUUUACGACAUGGACCUGCGGCGAAACGAGAACCUAAUCAAGGAGGUCAUUAUUCAGGCUCAGGGAGAGAUGGCCCUAGAAGAGUACAUCCGGCAAGUCAAGGAGACAUGGACGAGCUAUACCCUAGAGUUGGUCAACUACCAGAACAGGUGUCGUCUAAUUCGGGGAUGGGACGAUCUGUUCAACAAGUGCAGCGAAAACCUGAACUCACUUACCGCCAUGAAGCUGUCACCAUACUACAAGGUCUUCGAGGAAGAGGCCGGGUCAUGGGAAGAGAAGCUGAACCGCAUACAUGUCUUGUUUGACGUUUGGAUCGAUGUUCAGCGCCAAUGGGUCUACUUGGAAGGUAUCUUCUCUGGCAGCGCGGAUAUCAAACACUUGCUCCCCGUGGAGUCCGCGCGGUUCCAGAACAUCAACACCGAGUUCCUCGCGGUCAUGAAGAAGGUCUACAAAUCGCCCUUUGUUAUUGAUGUGAUGAACAUUCAAGGCAUCCAGAAGUCCCUAGAGCGACUAGCGGACCUAUUGAACAAGAUCCAGAAGGCCCUCGGAGAGUACUUGGAGAGGGAGCGUGCCUCGUUCCCUCGUUUCUACUUCGUCGGUGACGAGGACCUACUCGAGAUCAUCGGUAAUAGCAAGGAGAUCCUACGCAUCAUGAAGCAUCUCAAGAAGAUGUUCGCUGGUAUCUCGACCAUCAUGCUGGACGACGACCUCACACAGAUCCAGGGUAUGGCAUCAAGAGAGGGCGAGGAGGUGCGGUUCAAGGACCCAAUCCUGCUCAAGGAUUUCCCCAAGAUCAACGACUGGUUGACUAAACUCGAAGCUGAGAUGCGGGUUUCGCUGUCACAACUUCUCUGUGAUUCGGUCGACGAGUUGCAAUCCUUCUACGGGGCUGUUACACCUUUACCUCAAGAUCCGUUCAUGGCCUGGUUGGAGAAGUAUCCGGCACAGCUGGUCACACUGUCGAUCCAAGUCGCAUGGACCGCAUCCGUCGAAGCUGCCCUGGAAGGCUCCCAGUCACUCGAGGGGCCGCUCGGUAUCAUCCUACAAGGCCUUGACCUCCUCGCCGACGUCGUGUUGACGGAACUCGCCCCCGUCACUCGUCGCAAGUGCGAGCACCUCAUCACUGAGCUCGUCCAUCAGCGUGACGUCACUCGUCAACUCAUCCAACAGCACAUACCGGACAACAGGGCCUUCUCGUGGUUGUACCAAAUGCGCUUCUACCUGGACAAGUCCCUCAACAACCCCCUGGAGAGGCUAGCGAUCCGCGUAGCAGACGCUUCUUUCCCUUACGGAUGGGAGUACCUCGGCGUUACAGAUCGUCUCGUGCAGACACCCCUCACGGACAGGUGUUACCUUACACUCACUCAAGCUUUGGACAACCAGCUCGGUGGUGCCCCCUUCGGUCCCGCCGGAACUGGUAAGACGGAGUCUGUCAAGGCACUUGGUGUCCAACUUGGUCGCUUCGUGCUGGUGUUCUGCUGUGACGAGACUUUCGACUUCCAGGCGAUGGGUCGUAUCUUCGUCGGUCUCUGUCAAGUAGGCGCCUGGGGAUGCUUUGACGAGUUCAACCGUCUCGAAGAGCGUAUUCUUAGUGCCGUCUCCCAGCAAGUGCAGAGCAUCCAACAAGGCCUCGCCAAACUCGUCAAGAAUCCGAACACCGAGAUCGAGCUCGUCGGCAAAAAUGUGAAGCUCAACAAGAACAUGGGUAUCUUCAUCACUACCAACCCAAAUUAUGCCGGUCGUUCCCAGCUACCGCCUAACUUGACGAAGCUUUUCCGUCCUAUGGCCAUGACGCGGCCGGAUCGAGAACUCAUUGCCCAGGUCAUGCUGUUCUCACAGGGCUUCCGUACAGCAGAAUCACUCGCCUCGAAGAUCGUGCCGUUCUUCAACCUUUGCGACGAGCAGCUUUCCCCUCAGCCUCACUACGACUUCGGCCUGCGUGCCCUCAAGGCCGUACUCGCAUCCGCCGGUAUCCUCAAACGUGAGCGGCUGCUCGCGGCCAGCUCUGAAGGCGCCGACGCUGUUGGACUCUCGGACGCGGCAUCUGAACAAGUCAUCCUCAUCCAGAGUGUCACCGAGACCAUUGUGCCUAAGCUUGUUGCCGACGACGUGCCACUCCUGACCAGUCUGCUGGCGGAUGUGUUCCCUGGUGUCGACUACGUCCCCGUUGACCUCGACGCGCUGCGCGAGCAGAUCAGCAAAGUGUGCGCGGAGCGUCGCCUCAUCGAGGGCGAGCGUUGGAUCAACAAGAUUCUACAGCUCUACCAGAUUCAGAAGAUCCAGCACGGUCUCAUGAUGGUCGGUCCCUCCGGAACUGGCAAAAGUAAUGCUUGGCAAGUCCUCCUGGCUGCUCUCGAACGUCUGGAUGGCAUCGAGGGUGUGUCGUACGUGAUCGAUCCCAAGGCCAUGCACAAGGACGACCUCUAUGGUACCUUGGACCAGACGACUCGUGAAUGGAACGAUGGUCUCUUCACCCACACCCUGCGCAAGAUUGUCGACGACGUCCGUGGUGAGAGUGGAAAGAGGCAUUGGAUCAUCUUCGACGGCGAUGUCGAUCCAGAGUGGGUCGAAAACUUGAACAGUGUACUUGAUGACAACAAGCUCCUUACGCUGCCUAACGGUGAACGUCUCAACCUUCCAUCCAACGUCCGCAUCAUGUUCGAGGUGGAACACCUCAAGUACGCCACUCUCGCUACUGUCAGUCGUUGCGGUAUGAUCUGGUUCAGCGACGAUGUCGUGGAGCCCUCCAUGGUCUUCCGCCACUAUCUUGACACUUUGUCUACUGUACCUUUGGACGCCGAAGACGAGGAUGCUUUCGAUGUCCCCGGUCGUCGCGCCGACGACAACGAGAUGUCUCCCCACCUGGCCACCCAGAAGCAGAUUGCCACCAUCCUCGAGCCUUUCUUCCAAGAGGGCGAGCUUAUCGUAACAGCACUGCAAUAUGCGGAAACCAUCGAACACAUCAUGGACUUCACCGUGACCCGUGCUCUUAACACCCUCUUCUCCCUCAUCAACAAGACAGUCCGCAACGUUAUCGAGUACAACAUACAGCAUUCUGACUUCCCCCUUCCACACGAGCGGAUCGAGCAGUAUGUCACCAAGCGACUAAUCGUCAACAUCAUCUGGGCGUUCUCUGGAGAUGCUCGUCUAGAGCUCCGUGCCGAGCUCGGUGACUUCCUCAGGAAGCAUACUGGUGUCGACCUCCCUCCGAUGACCCAAGGCGGGUCUCUCCUCGACUACGACGUCGCCGUGGCCAACGGCGAGUGGGGUGCAUGGCAGUCCCGUGUUCCCGUCAUUGAAAUUGAGUCGCACGCGGUAACAGCUUCUGACGUUGUCGUUCCCACUGUCGACACUGUCCGCCACGAAGAGGUCCUCUACUCAUGGCUCUCUGAGCACAAGCCGUUGAUGCUUUGCGGUCCUCCGGGUUCUGGCAAGACUAUGACGCUCUUCAGCGCCCUGCGCAAGCUCCCGGAUAUGGAGGUCGUUGGUCUGAACUUCUCCAGUGCCACCGUCCCCGAGCUCAUCCUCAAGACCUUCGAGCAAUACUGCGAGUACCGCAAGACUCCCAAUGGUGUCAUCCUGGCUCCUUCACAGCUCGGUCGCUGGCUCGUCGUCUUCUGCGACGAAAUCAACCUGCCCGCAACUGACAAAUACGGCACCCAACGCGUCAUCUCAUUCAUCCGUCAGCUCGUCGAGUGUGGCGGGUACUGGCGCACCAGUGACAUGGCUUGGGUCAAGCUCGAGCGCAUUCAAUUCGUGGGCGCGUGUAACCCGCCCACCGACCCCGGUCGUGUCCCUCUCAGCCAUCGUUUCCUUCGCCACGCCCCGCUCGUCAUGGUCGACUACCCCGGAGAGCUCUCGCUCAAGCAGAUUUACGGGACGUACAACCGCGGCCUCCUCAAAGUCAUUCCCAACCUCCGUGCCUACUCUGAGCCACUCACCGACGCCAUGGUCACUGUCUACCUCGCCUCUCAGAAACGCUUCACAACCGACGUCCAAGCUCACUACGUCUACUCUCCUCGUGAGCUUACCCGUUGGGCCCGUGGUAUCUACGAGGCCAUCCGGCCGCUCGAGACGCUUUCUGUGGAGGGCCUCGUCCGCGUCUGGGCGCACGAAGCCUUGCGUCUCUUCCAGGAUCGUCUAGUCACCGAGGAGGAGAAGCGUUGGACAGACGAAGCCAUCGACAGCGCAGCGAUGGAGCACUUCCCCACCAUCAACAACGAGGAAGCCCUCUCGCGCCCUAUCCUGUUCUCCAACUGGACGUCGAAGAACUACAUCCCCGUCGACCGCGAAGUCCUCCGCGAGUACACGAAGGCUCGUCUUCGUGUGUUCUACGAAGAAGAGCUCGAUGUCCCUCUCGUACUUUUCAACGACGUCUUGGAUCACGUCCUGCGCAUCGACCGUGUCUUCCGUCAGAUUCAGGGUCACUUGUUGCUCAUCGGUGUCAGUGGAAGUGGAAAGACUACACUAUCGCGCUUCGUUGCAUGGAUGAAUGGUCUGAGCAUCUUCCAGAUUAAGGUCUCCAACAAGUACACUGGAGACGACUUCGACGAGGAUCUGAGGACCGUCCUUCGCCGCUCCGGUUGCAAGGGCGAGAAGAUUUGUUUCAUCAUGGACGAGUCUAACGUUCUCGACUCUGGCUUCCUGGAGCGUAUGAACACCCUUCUCGCCAACGCUGAAGUGCCCGGCCUGUUCGAGGGCGAUGAACAUUCGGCUCUUAUGACAGCCUGCAAAGAAGGCUCACAGCGUGAUGGCCUCAUGCUUGACUCACACGAGGAGUUGUACAAGUGGUUCACUCAACAAGUCGCCAAGAACCUCCACGUCGUCUUCACCAUGAACCCUCCCGAGAACGGUCUUGCUUCUCGUGCCGCCACGUCUCCCGCCUUGUUCAACCGUUGUGUGCUCGAUUGGUUCGGGGACUGGUCAGACCAGGCCUUCUUCCAGGUCGGCAUGGAGUUCACCAACACCCUUGACCUCGACCUUCCCUCGUACAACCCUCCGGCAAUGUUCCCCAUCGCCUACCGCGAUCUCUCCAUGCCUCCUACCCACCGUUCCGCUCUUGUCAACGGUUUGGUCCAUGUCCACCAGUCGAUGCACGCGAUCAAUGUGCGUCUCAGCCGUCGCCAAGGUCGUUACAACUAUGUCACGCCGCGUCAUUACCUCGACUUCAUCAACCACUACGUGCGCCUGCACAACGAGAAGCGCGAGGAGCUCGAGGAGCAGCAACGCCAUCUUCACGUCGGUCUCGAUAAGCUCCGGGACACCGUCGAGCAAGUCGAGGAGCUCCGCAAGAGUCUCGCCAUUAAGCGCUCACAGCUCGAGGCAAAGAACGCGGAGGCCAACGAGAAGCUCAAGCGCAUGGUUGCAGACCAACAGGAGGCCGAACAGAAGAAGGCCGCUUCCCUCGAGAUCCAGACUGCCCUUGCUCAACAAGACGAGCACAUCAAGCAGCGCAGGGAGAUUGUCAUGGGCGACCUCGCGGACGCCGAGCCCGCUGUCCUCGAUGCCCAGUCGGCUGUCAGUAACAUCAAGCGUCAGCAUCUGCAGGAAGUCCGUACUAUGGCCAACCCUCCCGAGGCCGUCAAGCUGGCGAUGGAGUCCGUGUGCACUCUCCUCGGUCACAAAAUCGACAGCUGGCGUACCGUCCAGGGUAUCAUCCGUCGUGACGACUUCAUUCAGCGCAUCGUCAACUUCGACACUGCCAACCAGAUGACCAAGCAUCUCCGUGAGCUAAUGAAGAAGGACUUCCUCAGUCGCCCGUCGUUCAACUUCGAGACCGUUCAGCGCGCCAGUAAGGCUUGUGGUCCUCUCGUCAAGUGGGCCAUUGCCCAGGUCCGCUUCUCCGAGAUCCUGGACAAGGUCGAGCCCCUGCGUAACGAGGUGCAGUCCCUCGAGGACCAAGCCGAGCAGACCAAGCAGCAGGCGCAGAUGAUGGUCACGAUGAUCGCGGAGUUGGAGCAGAGUAUCGAACGCUACAAGGAGGAAUACGCCGGCCUCAUCCGCGAGACCGAGGCCAUCAAGACGGAGAUGGAGCGCGUCGAGAGCAAAGUCGACCGUAGUAUGAAAUUGUUGGAGAGUUUGUCCUCAGAGAAGGUUCGUUGGGAGUCCGGAAGUCGCACCUUCGACACGGAGAUGGGUACCAUCGUCGGCGAUGUCCUGCUCUCUGCGGCAUUCCUGGCCUAUGCUGGCUUCUUCGACCAGCAGUACCGUGAACAGAUGUGGCAAGAGUGGUCAACACACUUGGCUGAGGCCGGUGUUCAGUUCAAAGCCGAGUUGUCCCUCCCCGAGUACCUUUCCACCGCCGAUGACCGCCUCAGCUGGCAGUCGAAGUCGCUGCCUUCCGACAACCUUUGCACGGAGAACGCCAUCAUGAUCAAGCGUUACAGCCGCUACCCGCUUAUCAUCGAUCCCACUGGACAGGCUACGACUUUCCUCAUGAACGAGUACAAGGACCGCAAGAUCACGGUGACGAGUUUCCUCGACGAGGCCUUCCUCAAGGUGCUGGAGAGCGCAUUGCGUUUCGGAAACACCCUUCUCAUCCAGGACGUGGAGCAUCUCGACCCCAUCCUCAACCCCGUAUUGAACAGAGAAAUCCGCCGUACCGGUGGACGUGUCCUCAUUCGACUCGGAAAUCAAGACAUCGACUUCUCGCCCUCGUUCACCAUGUUCCUUGCUACUCGCGACCCUUCGGUCGAGUUCUCCCCCGAUAUCUGCAGUCGUGUCACGUUCGUCAACUUCACGAUGACGAGGAGCAGUCUGCAGAGCCAAUCGCUCGACCAGGUCCUCAAGGUCGAGCGCCCAGACACUGAGCGCAAGCGUACAGACCUCAUGAAGAUGCAGGGAGAGUUCCGUCUCCGUCUUCGUACCCUCGAGAAGCUGCUACUCCAGGCCCUCAACGAGUCCUCAGGGAACAUCCUCGAUGACGACAAGGUCAUCAAUACACUUGAAACGCUCAAGCGAGAAGCCGCCGAGAUUACUCGCAAAGUCGAAGAGACCGACCUCGUCAUGAAGGAGGUUGAAGAGGUUACCGCCGAGUACUUGCCACUCGCUCAAGCGUGCAGUGCCGUAUUCUUCAUCCUCGAGCAACUGAACCUCGUUAACCAUUUCUACCAAUUCUCCCUCCGCUUCUUCCUCGACAUCUUCGACUUCGUACUCCACCACAACCCCAAUUUGCGUAACGUCACCGACUAUGCCAAACGUAGGGAGAUCCUGAUCAGUGAUCUCUUCCUCGUCAUCUACAAGCGGACCUCGCGGGCCCUUCUCCAUCGUGACCACGUUAUGCUCGCCGUUCUCCUCGCCCAAGUCAAACUCCGCGGUGUCGAGGAAAUCACUGACGAGCUUGAGUUCUUCCUGGAAAGUGGAGAUGGAGCAGUUGCGAUCAACACCGAGACCCUGCAGUCGACCAUUCUGUCUACUGACCAGGCUCAGCGUCUCGUCACGUUCGCCAAGUCGCCCAUGUUCAAGCCCGUGAUGACCCAUCUGACGGAACACGAAGAUGAAUGGCUGCCCUUCCUUGAGGCGAUUAGCCCGGAGACAAACGUACCUAAACCGUGGGACGUCGGUACUCCUGCCGUCGAGGCUCUCCGCGACAUGAUGAUCAUCAAAUGUCUGCGUCCUGAUCGCCUUCUGCAGUCGACAGCGGCAUUCGUUCGUUCGGUCUUCCAGACGGACAUCGCCGCCGAAUCUGCGUACGAGUUGGCUCGGAUCGUCUCAGACGAGAUCCAGCCCGCCACCCCUCUCGCCCUUGUCUCUGUCCCCGGCUACGAUGCCAGUUACCGCGUGGAGAACAUGGUCCAGAACACGGGCUCGCGCUGCGCAUCAGUAGCAAUGGGUUCUCAAGAAGGUUUCACUCUCGCCGACCAGGCAGUCGCCCUCGCUGCACGUCAAGGGUCUUGGGUCCUGCUCAAGAACGUCCACCUUGCUCCCUCAUGGCUCGGUCAGCUUGAGAAGAAGCUACAGACGCUCAACCCGCACAGGAACUUCCGUCUCUUCCUCACCAUGGAGGCCAACCCGUCAAUCCCUGUCAACAUCCUCCGCCAGUCCCGCAUCCUCAUGAAUGAGCCACCCCCUGGUAUCAAGGCCAACUUGUCCGAUUCGCUUCGCAGCAUCGCGUCCAAUCGCCUCACUCAGGGCCCAGCCGAGAAGGUCCGCCUCUACUUUCUCCUUGCGUGGUUCCAUGCCGUUGUGCAGGAGCGUCUGCGCUACGUUCCGCUCGGAUGGAGCAAGACGUACGACUUCAACGACUCGGACAUGGCCGCCGCGUUCACCACCAUCGACACCUGGCUCAACAGCGUCGCCAAGGGCCGUGCGAAUGUUGAUCCGGCCUCGAUCCCGUGGGAUGCCAUCCGCACGCUCGUCAAGCAGUCCGUGUACGGCGGCAGGGUGGACAGCGACUUCGACCAGAGGAUCGUGGACGCGUUCGUGGACAGCCUCUUCACGCCGCACUCGUACAACGUCGACUUUGACCUCGUACCAAGCGUCACCGGCAACCAGGUGCUCACUGUGCCAGACGGGACGAAGCUCGAACACUUCCUUUCCUGGGUCACGCAGUUGCCCGACAAGGAGCCUCCAUCAUGGCUCAGCCUGCCGCCCACCGCUGAGCGCGUCAUCGCCAUCGCACAAGGAACCGAGCUGCUCAGCAAGCUGCGCAAGAUGCGUAUGUUGGCCGAUGAUGACGAUGAGGUGACACCAGCCACUGGCGGCUCCUCUUCGGGCCAGGCCUCUCAACAGCCUGCCUGGAUGCGUCAGCUCCACGAGCGCUGUGGGGAAUGGCUCCAACAGCUCCCAGCCAACUUCCAUACUCUCGAGAAGCAGAGCGCGGAGCAUUCGGACCCGCUGUAUCGCCUUUUCUUCCGCGAGGGCAGCAUCGGCAGCAAGCUGUUGUCGCAAGUCCGCAGGGAUCUGGGCGACGUCGUCAAGGUCUGCGAGGGUGCUCUGAAACAGACGAACCACCUCCGCACUCUCAUGAGCGCGCUCACCAAGGGCACGAUCCCGACUCACUGGCGCCAGUACAAGGUGCACAAGGCGAUGGGUGUGUCCGAGUGGGUGUCCAACUUCGCGCGCCGGCUCGCACAGCUCGACAACAUCGCGACGCUCGACAACCUCAACAACGUCGAGGUCUGGCUGGGCGGCCUCUUCUUCCCGGAGGCGUUCAUCACUGCCUCGCGACAGGCCGUGGCGCACCGCAAGCGGUGGAGUCUGGAAACACUUCGUCUGGAACUCGACCUCGAGAAGGUCAACAACCCCGAGGCCUUCAUUGUCGAUGGGCUUGUUCUCGAGGGCGCUGCAUGGUCGACUGACCAGCUCGUGCUGAACGACGGAGAGACGGUCCGGCUAGGGCCGUCGCAGGUCCGCUGGGUGCAGUCGGAGGAGGCGACGCCGAACAAGGUGAACCUGCCCGUGUACUUGAACGGCGACCGCAGCGACGUGCUCUUCACGGUCGACCUGCCCUUUGACCCCUCCGCAGGCGCGCUGGUUGCGACGCGCGCCGUCUGCUUGACCGCUGGUGGCUGA